AAAUCUAGGUUGGAUUCCUUCUUUGUGCCUCACACUACUCCUGGGUCCCAACCAUCGCUUGAGGGCAUGGGUUGGAACAAGGAGGUUCAUGAUGCUGCUAAAAUGGCAGUUGGCAGGUUUUGGAGCUAUAGCUGUAUUCCAUUCUUUGUAGCCAGGUGAAUGUUUUACUAACUUUUAUGUUUGAUAACUUUGAUUGUUUUAAUUUUUAUACUUAACUUAUCUCAUUGAAUUUUUAUACUUAACUUAUCUCAUUGAGUUUCUUUGCGACAAGUCUCCUUAUUGGCAACAAAUGGUUGAUGCCAUUACCAUAUGCGGGGCGGGGUUCAAAGCCCCUAGUGAGAGUGAUUUGAGGGGACCUAUUUUGUCUCAAAUGGUGGAUGAUGUGAAGAAGGAUUUAGAUGAACAACGCCAGAUAUGGAGCACUAAAGGUCGUACCAUCAUGACUGAUGGUUGGAUGGAUAGGAGAAAUAGAACUCUCCUUAAUUUUCUUGUUUCUUCCACAGGUGAUUGAUUAAUUUUAGUUUCAUAUAGUCUUUAAUUUUUUAUUUUUUAUCUGAUGGUUUAUUGAAUGAUCAUUGACCUAGCUUUAUUUAUUUAUUUCAAGGGGCACCGUUUUCAUCAAGUCCAUUGAUGCCUCCGCCCAUUGCAAGAAUGCCACCUACCUAUCUGAGCAGAUAGAGGAGGUGAUUGAAGAUGUGGGUGAGGAGAACGUGGUACAGGUGGUGACCGACAAUGCAGCAAAUUAUGUUGCUGCAGGUAGACUAUUGAUGGAGAGGCACCCAUCUAUAGUUUGGACUCCAUGUGCUGCUCAUUGCAUUGACCUCAUGUUGGAGGAUAUUGGAAAAAUCCCAUGGGUCAAGAGAUGUGUAGAAAGGGCAAGAAAUGUCUGCAAAUUUGUAUAUAAUCAUUCUUGGGUGUUGGCUCUUAUGAGACAAUACACAGAGCAGAAGGAGUUAGGUCGUCCAGGAAUCACAAGAUUUGCCACAAACUUCCUCACAUUGUAGUCCAUGCUUAGGUCUAAGUCUUCCUUGAGACGUAUGAUUGUUGGUGAGGAGUGGUCUUCCUCAUCCUAUGCUACCACCCUUGCAGGGAAAGAUAUGGCAGACUGCAUUUUUGAUGAGCAAGGCUUUUGGGUCCCUUGUGAUGAGAUAGUGAAGGUAAUUUUUUUAUAAAUUCUAUAAUUUAACUUCAUGUUUUAUAACUUAUUAUAUGUAUUCUCUUAUUUGCUCAUUUUUCUAAAUUACACAAUAUUUUCAAUUUUGCAGUUUGUUAAGCCCUUGGUGGUUUUGUUACGAGUUGCGGAUGGAGAUAAGCCCGCAAUGGGCUAUAUAUAUGAGGGCAUGGAUAGGGCGAAGGAGGCCAUCUGAUUCGUCUAUGGAGGAGAUGAGAGCAAGUAUGGUCCCAUUUGGGAGAUCAUUGAUAGGGGAUGGCAUCAUCAGCUUCAUAGGCCCAUCCAUGCGGCAGCCUAUCUGAAUCCGGCAUUCCGUUUUAUCCCUUCUUUCAAGGCUGAUGUGGAGGUCCUUAAUGGGCUAUAUGCAAUCAUGGAGAAGAUGGGACCUGCUGGUACUUCUCAGAUAGACCUUUUUCGAGAGCUACAGGUGUUCUCAAAUGCACAAGGGGAGACCUUCUCUCGUCUUGUCGCCAAAGACGGUAGGACAACUAUGAUGCCAGAGACACCAAAUAUUCAGAAGUUGGCCAUUCGCAUCUUGAGCCAACCAUGCAGCGCAUCAGGUUGUGAGCGCAAUUGGAGUAUGUUUGAGCACAUACACUCCAAGAGGCGCAAUAGAUUAUCUGUGGAGAAGAUGAAUGAUCUCGUCUUUGUUCACUACAACCUCCGCCUGAGAAUGAGAAAGAAUGCAAUAGUUGACAUGUCUCCUAUCAUUCUAGAUGAGGUUGAUCUUGAAGCAGAGUGGGCCAAUGAGAAUCAGACAGCUCCUGGGACUCCUACAACUGUAUUUAGUGAUGAUGACAUUGAUUGGAUCGACUAGGUAGAUAUAGAGGCUGAGGUUGUAGCCAUGGCAGAGGAGGAGCAAAGAGCACGAGCAGAGACAGGAAAUACUGAGACUCAGAGUGACACAGUUGUUCCUGAUGUUGGUGAGCAUGGCAUGGUGUCACGGGGAGCGACUAUGGCUGCUGAAUCAUCCAGGACCUACUUUAAACGCCUUCGCAGGGGGCCAGGGCGAGAGGGUGCACGGCCCUCUGAGCCAUAGGCUUGUACACUUGUAGUUGUAUUUAGUAUUUACUAUUUACCUUUGGUAUUUGUAUGAAACAUUUGAUGAUGAUCAUAUGAUGACAUGGUUUUUUAUUCCAUGAGUUUUGUAAUAUUGUAUACAUUUGACAAUAUUUAUAUAUCUAUGUUUGUUAUUUUCUUCAGCUACAAUUUGCGUUUAUGCUUAUGUGAUUGAUGUAUACUUGUGUAUGUAAUCAAAUGAGCCGAGUUUGAUGAUGUUUUUGUGUCUUUAAGGUGUA